UUGACAGAAUUCCACGAUCAGAUUAUCCCAAUUUUCGCAACAAAUCAUGUAAUCCACUACCAAAGCCCCCUUUUUCCCCGAUUGAGGAAUGCUCUGAUCGAAUUAGGGUUACAAUUGAAGCUUGUUUAAUUAAAUUAGAAGAGAUAACAUCUAAUUUCUGAAACCGCAAUGGCAGAAUCACAGAGUAAUCAACGCGGCGACCGACUCAGUGAGUUGCCCGACUCGCUAAUCCUUCACAUCCUCUCCUUCCUCCCAAUGCGCCACGUCGUUCAGACAACCCUCCUCUCCAAGCGCUGGGCCGAUCUAUGGCGGACCGUCUCCUCCCUCACCUUCGACGACGGAACCAAUGACGCGGCCGAACAAGAGCAAUUCCUCGAAUUCCCACUCUUCGUCAACCGCGCCAUGAGUCUCUGGAAAGGGACCGAGAUCCUGAAAUUCCACGCCGCCUUCGACUACACCUGCUGGGACUACGCCUCGAGCGACCUCGACGUGUGGCUGCGCGUCGCCAUGGACAAGCAGGUGCAAGUCCUCAGCCUCAACCUCACAAAAUCCGAGGAAAACAUCAAUCGGUAUCAUCGCGACGAUGACAGCGACAUCGACGAUGGCGAUUUUGGUGGCGAUGAUUUGUACACGGUGCCGCCGCGUCUGUUUUCGUGCUCGUCGAUCAGAGAAUUGUCGCUCGCGGCGUGCAACGUGAGAUUUGGGGGAAAUGUGCGGUGGGAUAAGCUGGAGUUCUUGAAGAUCGAAGGGGUGCGGCUGAGCGACGGCCUGGUGGGGCGGGUGGUCUCCGGCAGCCCCCGGCUGGAGGUCCUGAUCCUGCGCGUGGUCGAGAGCCACGACGACUUGAAUAUCCAGUCGGAGAGCUUGAGGAGGCUGACGGUGGAGAAGUACUAUAGAGGUGAUCCGGCCAAGCACACCAUGCUCACGAUUUGGGCUCCCAAUUUGGAAAGUUUGGAGAUUUUGGGGGUUGUUUAUCGCAUGGUUGUGUUGGUGAAUGUGGCGUCCUUGAUUGAUGUGGAUUUGGGGUUUUGUGGUUGGGAUGAGUGUCAUGGGCUGCUUGGGGAGAUGAUGGUGUACGUUUUUGAAUGCAUUUGUCGUGCUCGAAAUGUCACCUUGUCCAAAUGGUGUGUUAAGAUGCUUGUAAUGAUGAAGAAGAGAGGUUCUCUUUCAGUCUCAUCAGAUGCCAAGUAUUUAAAGCUAUCUGGGAACAAGCAAGAAAUAAUAGAGCUUCUUGAGAUGUACCCUAAUCUUACAACGUUAGUCAUCGAAGUAUUACACGGCGUACGUGAGCCAGAAUAUCCAUCUUUAUUAGAAAUCCGGCAGGCUUACUUCCGUGAUAAUUCGCCUGCGAUUACUACCCCUAAACUCUUUAUGAAAAAGCUAUCGAGCUUCUCUAAGGAAUCAUUGAUGCAGCUGAGAAGAGUCGAGAUCACUUGGAUCGCGACUGAUACCUCAGUAUACCCUCUCAUAGAGUUGGUGUUCAAGUGUAGCCCGCUAGAGAAGAUGGUCUUGCGCGUGCAACAGCUCACGUCACUUCAACCGCCGUCUAUGUUCGUGCUUACUCGGAAACUUCUUAGAAUGCGGAGAUCCUCCCCUGCUGUAGAGGUGUCUUUCUUUGGUUGAAUGUUGAUGAUAAUGCUGGAUUUUACAGGAUAGAAAGUAAAUAAUCCACCUUCUUCACAAGGUAUAACUUAGCAUUUUGAGGUUAAACUGUCAUUUUGCAUGAAUUGAAUGUACCAUCUAUAGGAUUACUCCCAUAUGGCCAUAUUGAAAGUUAUGCUAAUUUUAUUG